UCCCCUGCAAGGAAAGACAAGGCUGGGUGCUGUUUGCAUCAGGGUUGGGUCUCCAUCCUCCAGCUGCAAAAGGAAAGAGAGAGACAGAGGAUCAUCAUCAUUAUUAUUUAUUUAAAAAGGAAGAGCAAAGAGGGAAAGGAAGAAGAAGGGAUGAAGAGGAGGUGUAACCCUUCCUACCCACCGGCAGGAGUGGGCCUGAGCUGAGCCAAGGACCUCUCUGGACGGAUCUCUCUUUUGGCAAGGACCUUUCCCUCCUCCAGCCUUUCUGCAAGGACCCCCUUCUUCCUCCAGCCCCUUUGCAAGCACCUCUGCCUCCUGCAGCCUUUUUUGCAAGCAAUCCCCCUUCCUCCAGCCUUUUGGCAAGCCCCCCUCCGUUCCUCCAGCCCCUUUGCUAGCACCUUUCCCUCCUCCAACCUUUUUGCAAGGAUCCCUCUCUCCAGCCCCUGGGCAAGCACCCCUCUUUUCUCCAGCCCCUUUGCAAGCACCCUCUCAUUCUCCAGCCUUUUCCCAAGCACCCUUCCUUUCUCCAGCCUUUUUGCAAGCACCCUUCUUUUCCCCAGCCCCUCUGCAACCACCUCUCCCUCCUUCAGCCUUUUUGCAAGCACCCUUCCUUUCCCCAGCCUCUUUGCAACCUCUCUUCUCUCUCUAGCUUUUUUGCAAGCACCCCUCUAUUCUCCAGCCUUUUUGCAACCACCUCUCCCUCUUCCAGCCUUUUUGUAAAUACCCUCCUUCCCCCAGCCCCUUUGCAACCUCCCUUCUCUCUCUAGCCCUUUUUUUUUUUUGCAAGCACCCCUCUUUUCCUCCAGCCCUUUUGCAAGGACCUUUCCCUCCCCAUUGGGUGAGAAAGCCUUGCUUGCACCCCUUUCCAACCUCCCCCCCCCCAGUCAGCCAGAGACUGCUUGGCCACAUUUCCCUGACACAAUGAAAGCCGCCUUCUAGAUGGAGCUGUCGCUGCUCUUGCAAACUGUUCCUGUGCUCCGCCUAGUAGCCCCUUUCUGCUGCUUCUGCUUUCUUGCAAUGUGAGUCUGGGCUGGAAGAAGAGGCAGCUGGAGGAGGAGGAGAGGAGGAGGAGGAGAGGAAGAAAGGGGGAACCUUGGGGCUAUGGUGGUGACCACCACACCUGGAGAUUUCCUGAACCAUGAUGAAGACUGAGCCCCAGAACAGCCCAGGUGGCCCUGCUAACACCAACAGUGGCCCUACCGGUGGCAACGGUGGUACCUUGCGGAGCGCCUCACCUCACCGGAACGCCUACGAAGCUGGCAUCCAAGCCUUGAAAGCCCCCAAAGAUGCCCUGGGCAACGCCGAGAGCGAGGAGGCCAAGAAAGCCCGUAACAAGAAGUAUGGGUCCAACGUCCAUCGGAUCAAGAAUAUGUUCCUCCAGAUGGGAACAUCAGCCCCAGCAGGAGAGGCUGGAGGUGGUGGAGGAGGAGGUGCAGGUGGUGGAGGAGGAGGGGGUGGAGGUGGACCUGCUGGGGUGGACUUGGCCAAGCUCAAGGAGAAGCCUGUCCGGUUGUCCUUGCCCCGGGCGAGUAGCCUCAAUGAGAAUGUGGACCACAGUGCCUUGCUGAAGCUGGGCACCAGCGUCUCUGAGCGGGUGAGCCGUUUUGACUCCAAGAUGGACAAGCCGCUGUCCAAACUCCAGGAGACCAGGAAGAUUUUUGAGAGGAGCCUUCAAGAGAAGGAGACCACCAACAAGCUUCUCCUGAGGAAAGAAAGGGGGGGCUUCCAGGACAGGAAACUGGACGUGGUGGUGAGGUUCAAUGGGAGCACGGAGUCUCUGGACAAGCUGGACACAGAGGCUGUCUCGCCCACCGUCAGCCAACUCAGUGCCGUCUUUGAGAAGGCCGACUUGAGGAACAACCUUCACAAAGCCCCUGGAAAAGUUGGGCCUCUCAACUCCAAGAUUGUCAGUAAAAGGUCUAGGGUCUUUCUCCAGUCCACCCCCGAAGGAGGGGCCAAGGGGGAUGCCAGGAGUAAUGACGGGUCUAGUGUCCAGGUGAGAGGUCGGCUACCUGAGGUUGACAAAAGCCAAGCCAAACCUCCAUCUGGUGGCCUUGGUGUUGGCGCUGUUGGCAGCCCAGGAGUUGGGAAGCCAGGCGACAAGGAGGGUCAUGCGGCCCUCCGUCCGCAGAAGGUCCAAGAGGUGCGCAAAAUCAAGCCUGUGGAAGUGGAGGAGAGCGGGGACUCGGAGCAGGAGUUUGAGGCGGCGGAGGUGGCAGUGGCAGCAGCUAUUGCAGAGGAGAACAGCAGGGCCUCUAAGGGGUCUGAUGCUCUCAGGGCUGAGGUGAUCCAGGCGGAGGUAACGGUCCAUGCGGCCUUAGAAAAUGGCAGGCUGGGGGCUGAGCCACCUCUAGAAACUCCGGACACCUUGGCGGAUGCUUACUGUGAGGAAGCCGCCAAGGUUGAGGGACCAGAGGAGAAUGACCUGGGCGAUGAGUCAAAGAAGGAAGACUUCUCCGAGGCUGAUCUGGUGGACAUCAGUGCCUACAGCGGGCUGGGGGAGGACUCGGGAGGGAGCGGGCUGGAUGAAGAUGAGGAUGCGGAUGGACUGUACGCACCUGAAUCCAGCUGUGUGGAGAUCCCUGGGCUGUCAGACGAGGAAGAGAGUGCCCCCAGCCGCAAGAUCCAUUUUAGCACAGCUCCUAUCCAGGUUUUCAGCACCUACUCCAAUGAGGAAUAUGACCGGCGGAAUGAAGAUGUUGAUCCCAUGGCUGCUUCAGCAGAGUAUGAACUUGAGAAGCGGGUGGAGAGGUUAGAUCUCUUUCCUGUGGAACUAGAGAAAGAUUCUGAGGGUCUUGGAAUCAGCAUUAUUGGCAUGGGGGCAGGGGCUGAUAUGGGAUUGGAAAAACUUGGCAUCUUCGUCAAGACAGUGACAGAAGGAGGAGCUGCCCACCGAGAUGGCAGGAUCCAGGUGAAUGACCUUAUUGUCGAGGUGGAUGGCACCAGUUUGGUUGGCGUGACUCAAAGCUUUGCGGCCUCUGUGCUGAGGAAUACCAAGGGUAGAGUCCGGUUCCUGAUUGGCAGAGAGAAGCCAGGAGAGCAGAGCGAGGUGGCACAACUCAUCCAGCAAACACUGGAACAGGAGCGAUGGCAGCGGGAAAUGAUGGAACAGAGGUAUACGCAGUACACAGAGGAGGAUGAAGAAACAGGUGAAUAUGCAACGGAUGAAGAUGAAGAAAUGAGUCCCAUGUUCCCCAGCAGUGAGAUGGCUAUUGAGGUCUUCGAGCUGGCUGAAAAUGAAGAUAUGCUGUCUCCAGUGGAGAUGGACCCUGAAAAGCUGGUGCAUAAAUUUAAAGAGCUCCAGAUCAAGCACGCUGUGACUGAGGCUGAAAUACAGCAGCUGAAAAGAAAGCUGCAGUCUAUCGAACAAGAGAAAGCCCGCUGGCGCCUUGAGAAAGCCCAACUAGAACAGAGCGUAGAAGAGAACAAGGAGCGGAUGGAAAAACUGGAAGGUUAUUGGAUGGAGGCCCAAAACUUGUGCCAGGCUGUGGAUGAGCACUUGAAAGAGACCCAGGCCCAAUAUCAGACUCUGGAGAGGAAGUACAGCAAAGCCAAACGACUCAUCAAGGAAUAUCAGCAGAAAGAGAUUGAGUUCCUCAAGAAGGAGACAGCUCAGCGUCGCAUCCAAGAGGAGUCUGAGCUGGCCCACAAAGAAGAAGUUGACAAGUUGCAAGAGAAGGUGGGCAUCAAGGACAGCGCUGGGGGCUUGCCUUGAGCCCUAAGCAAGGAAAGAGAGGAAGGAAGGAAGGAAGGAAGGAAGGGCUUACUGACUUGGUUCAGCUCAGGGACACAUGUGGAAAUUGUGCUCUUGGAAGGAUCUAGCAGUUCACAUGAGUACUUGUCAGAGAGUGAGGAGGAAGAGAGGGACACACCAGUCUUUCUGAACUCCUUUAAUUUUGUAGAUUGAUAGCUGGGUUUUGUCAGGCUUGUGUCAAGCACUGGUCCACUAGCUGGCCAGUCAAUCCUACCACAUAAGAAGGGAAAAGCUUGAAUCCUGCUGAAUCCCAGAUUGAAUUGCAUCUCAUGUCCAUAUCAAAUGGGAUCCUGCACUUUGAUGCUGUGGGAUUCUAUGAUUGAAACCUAUUGAUUCCUCCAGCAGGGCAAAGUGGAUUGUUACACCCUUUAUUAAGCCUACACUGUACCUUCCCCAAAUCCUACCAGUAAGAAACAUAGUAGAUUCCAUAUUGUCACAUACAAGAUCCCAUAGUCAUCUGCUUAGGUUUCAGUAGUGGUCUCUAGGUUUAUGCCAUCUGGUCAUAGAUUGAGCUUCUUGUCUCUCCAACACACACACACACACACACACACACACACACACACACACGAACAGCAGCUCAUAUGAGAUUUUGUACGGGGCACUAGAUUUUGUUUGACCUUGCAAAAGAUCUCAUUAUCAAAUCUAACUAUAUAUAUUUUUGGAGCCAUGGCGGAUUCCUGGUACAUCCUGGAUCCUAUAUCAGGCAGUGGAUCAUGUCAGAUUUGUCUUGCCUCUGUGUGUUAAAUGUGUGUGUUUGUGUGAAUGCAUCUGGGUUUUUCUGCUGAGAAUAGCUAAUCUCAGAAAAGCAUAGAACAGAUUAUCCCUCUCUGUAAGCAUCCAGGAGGCUCCCCUGCCUGGUCUUUCAUUAGCUCCUUCUGUGGGGCCCUAUUGACAGUGCAACCUAUAACAGUCUCGGUACGACUCAUAUUUACCCAUCUAUAAGAUAGCCAGAUAGUGUGGUGGUUUGAGCAUUGGACUAUGACUCUGGAGACCAGAGUUUGAUUCCCAUUCGAUCGUGAAACCCACUGGUUGACCUUGGGCAAGACACA